CGAAUCCUCCGUCACCCCCACGGAGAGCCAAGAAACAGCGGCGUGCAGCUUCCCCCCAACCGGCGGCCGCCUCUGCUCCUCCCCGCCGUGGUACCCGCAAUCGUACAGUUAUGUCCCAAUCCGGUUCAUCCUCACAUCCAACGGAGGAACCCUCGAGGAACCAGCCGUCACCUCCGGCAUCCAGAAGAAAAUCGAGCAGAAAUGGGAAGGUGUCACAAGGUAAGGUUACACGGACGAUGCUCGAGGCCGUUUCCGCAAUCAUAUUCCCCUCCCCACUGGCCAAGCGACUCGGUUAACACAUGGUUUCGUCAGAUCGCUUUUCAGCUGCCCAAUCCCCUCCACCUCGACGUCAACAGAAAAAGCGUUCAUCGAGAAAUAAUCCAGAUGUCACCAUGAAAGAAGCGGAUGAGGACUUGGAAAGACGUGAACGGAGUGAGGAGCGAGAGUCGUCUCCACCAAGUGAUAGCAACGAUGGAACUAAUCAUUCGGGCCUUGAUGAUGACGAUGGAGAUCUCUUUCACAAUAGCCUGUUUGGCUCGCGCAGCCCCCUGGGUCUUCAGAGCACCCUACGUGCGCUGUCUGGGAUGAUGACGGGCAUGUCAUCUCGCUUGCGUGAAAUCCUGUGCAAUCUCAGAGCGAAGGAUGAUCCAUCCAUCCAAUUAAUCGCUUUACAGGAGCUUUCAGAUCUCUUACUCGUAUCUAAUGAGGAUAAUCUUUCCGGCCAGUUCUCCCCCGAUCCCUACGUAAAGGAAUUGGUCUCGUUGAUGCAGCCGAAUGAAUUCGGCGAAGAAAACCCUGAAAUCAUGCUCCUCGCAUGUCGCUGCUUGGCGAACUUGAUGGAGGCUCUUCGCGGCUCCGUAGCCAAUGUUGUCUACGGCGGUGCUGUGCCGAUUCUGUGUCAGAAGUUGCUGGACAUACAGUUUAUUGAUCUGGCCGAACAAGCCUUGAGCACUUUGGCCAAAAUAUCUGUAGACUUUCCUGCCUCUAUUGUUCGGGAGGGGGGCUUGACUGCUUGUUUGACAUAUCUCGACUUCUUCCCGACGAGUACACAGCGUACGGCGGUGACCACGGCAGCAAAUUGCUGCCGUAACCUUCCACACGAUUCCUUUCCUGUGGUGCGGGAUGUAAUGCCCACACUCCUAAAUGUGCUGUCCAGCAAUGACCCAAAGGUGAUGGAGCAAGGCUGUUUGUGUGUCUCCCGAAUUGUGGAGAGUUUCAAGCAUAAGCCGGAGAAACUGGAGGAGCUUAUCGAACCCGCGAUGUUGAAGGCGAUACUCCGUCUGCUGUUGCCAGGUACCACCAAUCUAAUUGGCCCGCACAUUCACACCCAGUUCCUCCGCGUUCUAGCGAUAGUAUCCAAAGCCAGCCCCAGGCUGUCUGUAGAAUUAUUGAAGAUGAACGUGGUCGAUACUUUGUACCAAAUCUUGACUGGGGUAUCGCCGCCAGGAAACCUGGAAGAUACCACCGUUAAGAUGGACAGUGUGCUGGUGAUGCAAGCCUUGAUCCACCGACCUAGGGAGCAGGUCCUUGAAACGCUUAAUGUGAUUUGCGAGAUGCUCCCUGGCGUUCCUGGCCGACAUGUACCACAAACCGACGGAUGGCUUAAUAACCCCCUCGACAGCGAUCCGUCUCUUGGCUUGAAGUCGCCGAAGGCGAAAGAGGUAGCCGAAAAGAGACGCUCUCUAUUGCGAGAAUGCAAAGGCGAGCUCAAGCGCUUUGCUAUGAUCCUACUGCCAACAUUGACCGACGCCUACUCAAGCACCGUCAACCUAGAGGUCAGACAAAAGGUUCUCAUCGCUCAGCUUAAGAUGUUGCACCAUUUAGACGCCGGUCUGGUAGAGGAAGCUUUACGAUCUGUGCCAUACGCCUCGUUUCUGGCGGCAAUUUUAUCUCAGAAAGACCAUCCGUCGUUGGUCUCGUCAGCACUGCGGUGCUCUGAACUUCUCUUUCAGCGCUUGGAACAUGUCUACCAGUGCCAAUUCCAUCGUGAAGGUGUCGUCUCGGAAAUUUUCAAGCUGGCGGAAGGACCUCUGUCGGAUGAGAAGCAGUCCAAGCCUUCCUCUGAUUCAUCCGCUGCCAUGGACACCUCGAGCGAUUCGCGUCGGGAAGCCGAAGAUGUCGAUGGCCCGGGAGACGACGAUACUCAUGAUGACGACUACGAUGAGCACGAGGAUGAGCGGGACGAGAACGAUGAUAUGUCGGAAUCGGAUAGCUCUUCAGCAUCCGGCCAAGUGCUCUCCACGAGGAUAGACAAUGCCAUGAAAGACCUCGUCGUCCGCGAUGCUCGGACGUUUGUUGAUCUCUACGAAGCCGGCCAUGGGAAAGAUAUGCGAGAGAAAGCUAUAGAAGUCUUGGCCGAAUUACAAAAUCUCGCCUCAAAUCUAGAAGUCUGUUAUCGUUCAGACGCACGUGAGGACGGCCUUGGGCUUUUCCAAAAACUGGCCUCUUACUUCGACGGCGACGCACUCGAGAGUAUCACUAGCUCAGAAUUACUGAACUCGGGUAUCAUCAAGGUGUUGCUGGAUGUGUUUGGUGACUUUAACAGUUCCUCUAUGCGCAAGGCUCGUGCUGCUUUUCUACAGGCAUUCAUGGGAUCUACUAUCUCGGAGAAAGCCCAAAGCCAAAGCACUGCUACGACUCCAUUUAGUGUCCUGAUCCAGAAGUUGCAAGACUUGCUCAGCCGGACUGAGCAUUUCGAAGUGCUUACUGUCAGCCACAAUUCUUUGGAAAACACGCGGAGUAAUGCUGCACAUAUGCUUGGAAAACAGCUUAGGCUUAAGUUGGUGGCCGAUGAAGACUCUGACAUCCCUCGCACGUAUCGAAGCAUAAUGGUGUCAAUCCACGCCAUUGCCACGUUCAAAGCCUUAGACGACUUCCUACAUCCACGAAUUAGUCUGUCAGAUCGGCCAAAACCAUCCCGCAGCAGAGAAUCUUUAUUCUCGCAGAUUGCUAAUGCCGCUCGACUUCGGGAUCAGCUAGCCGGCAAUGGCGAGUUCCCUGGGAGCGAUAUCCCAUCUUUGCCACGACAGAGCACGAACAACGACAGAUCCUCCCCUCCAGAAGACUCGCAACCAAAUGCUCAGGAGUCAUCGAUCGAAGGUCAGGAACGUAGUUCGAGAUCCAGGCGUUCUGGCCGACACCAGCAAACUUCAGAAGACCCUGCCCAUGACGAUGAGCCUUUGGAGUGCGCGGAUGAGAGACACCUGAGUGAGGACGAAGAAGAAGAUGACGAUGGCGACGACGGAGAACUGAAUGCUAUUAUGGAUGAUCUAGACGAUGACCUCUCUGAAGACAAUGCUCCCGACCCGACAGCGGUGAAUAUGGAGGUAGCCUCCUCCGGUAAGGUAACUGCUCGGAAGGAAGAUGGAACACGUGUGGCCACUCCGUCUCAAUCCACCCCAGCUUCUAAGGCAUCGUCGUCUGCCUCUAGUGUGGCUCAGAAUCCCGCUGGAAACAACUCUCUUGCCACGGCCGGCCGUCCUUUCUCCUCCUACGCCGCUGCAAUGGCCUCUAUCCCUUCGGACUGGCAUCUGGAGUUUAGCGUGGAUGGCAACCCGAUUACUGGUGACACAACAAUAUACCGUGCUGUUCAUCACAACCGGCAAGAUUCAGACCCCAGCGGAAGACACGUGUGGUCUGCUGUCCAUACCGUUAAAUUCAGGCGCGUUCCGGGACCCCCUCCACCAGAGCCUACUGCCCUCACAACUAGUGUACCAGAGUCCGUUGCGAAGAACGCUAGCACCGAGAUGCCACCCUCACUCAGCCAAGAGACAACAACUGCGUCGAUACUCCAGCUACUUCGCCUUCUGCACGAAAUGAAUGCUACGCUGGAUGAUAUACUCACUGAAAGCAAGGAGCUGGUCGCACUUAAACCUGAAGCCCUUGCGCAGUUUAUUAAUACUAAAUUGACGGCCAAGCUUAACCGACAGUUGGAGGAACCCUUGAUCGUAGCGAGCAGUUGCCUUCCCAGCUGGAGCGAAGAUCUUGCUCGUCUCUUCCCUUUCCUGUUCCCAUUUGAGACACGCCAUUUGUUCCUUCAGUCGACUGCUUUUGGCUACUCGCGGGCGAUGAUGAGAUGGCACAAUUCGCAAAACGGCGACGAUGGUCGUAACGAUCAUCGACGCGAUGAUCGACCGUUCCUAGGCCGUCUCCAGCGACAAAAGGUGCGUAUCUCAAGAAGUCGUAUCCUAGAGUCUGCUAUGAAAGUCAUGGAACUCUAUGGCUCUUCGCCGAGCGUUCUGGAGGUGGAAUAUUUUGAAGAAGUUGGCACUGGGUUAGGCCCGACUCUGGAAUUCUACUCCACCGUUUCAAAAGAGUUCUCAAAGAAGAAGCUCAAGAUCUGGCGAGAAAACGAUUGCAACGAUGCCGAAGAGUUCGCGUUUGGCAAGCGAGGCCUGUUCCCUGCCCCUAUGAGCGAACAGUAUGCUUCUUCGGAGCCCGGGAAGAAACAGUUGCAUUUGUUUAAGGUCCUCGGUAAAUUUGUUGCUCGCUCGAUGCUCGACUCCAGGAUUAUCGAUGUCUCCUUCAAUCCCGCAUUCUUCCGGAUCGCUGAUAGCUCUUUCUCCGUGGCACCAUCGCUGGGUACGGUAAAGGCAGUCGAUCAAGACUUGGCAAAUUCAUUGCUUCUGUUGAAGCGCUUCGCCAAUGCGAAGGCAGCAGUCGAGAACAAGGGGCUUUCAGAGCCUCAGAAGAGGGAAGCCCUACUAAAUGUUGAAGUGGACGGUGUUAGGGUCGAAGAUCUGAGCCUCGACUUCACCCUACCCGGCUACCCAUCCAUCGAGUUGAUCAAAGAUGGUUCUGAUGUUCCGGUAACCAUCGAGAAUGUUGAUUUGUACGUUGAGCGGGUCGUGGAUAUGACUUUGAGUAGCGGUGUCCAGCGUCAAGUGGAAGCUUUCCGGGAAGGAUUUUCGCAGGUUUUCCCAUAUUCUGCUCUUCGGACCUUCACGCCUGCGGAACUUGUGAUGUUGUUCGGAAGAGCAGAAGAGGACUGGUCCAUUGAAACACUCAUGGAUUCCAUCAAAGCCGAUCAUGGCUUCAACAUGGAUAGUCGCAGUGUCAGGAAUUUGCUCCAAACGAUGAGUGAGUUGGAUGCACAGCAACGUCGGGACUUCCUCCAAUUUGUCACUGGUAGUCCCAAGCUCCCAAUUGGAGGCUUUAAGAGUCUCACUCCGAUCUUUACCGUUGUUUGUCGCCCCAGCGAACCGCCAUACACACCCGAUGAUUAUCUCCCCAGCGUUAUGACGUGUGUAAAUUAUCUGAAGUUGCCGGACUACAGCAGCUUAGAUGUCCUUCGAACUCGACUGUCUGUUGCUAUCCAAGAAGGACAGGGAGCAUUCCACCUGUCUUAGUUUCUCACCGUCGCUCUUUAGCGGAAGCCACACAAGAAAGAAAAGGAAAACAAAUCAAAAAACGGUACAUUUGGUCCAUUGGUACAGUAUCUAGCAAAAUACCCUUACAUAUUGAUUAAGGGAGGUUAUAAUGACGGCAUGAGUGAAUCGAAUCUGUUUACAUCGGCCGGCUUUCUGCAUUCAAAGUCCAUUAUUUACUUAGUCGCAGGGUAUCGAUUCCGGACUUUGGGGU